UGAGCCAUCUCUCCGGGCCCUGUCUCCCCACUGCUCCCACUUCUUCUUGCCUUUGCUUCUCUUAGUUUCCUGUCCACAGGGUUUCCUGCGCUGCAGGCCAGAAUCCUCAAGGAGCUGGAAUCUUCCAUGCCCUAAGGAAGAUGAAGACUCGGGUGAGUCCCAAUCAGGAAGUCACACAUUUUCUUGGUCAACAUCCCUAGCUCCUCCUCAGCUGCUUGCUCAGUGACUCUGCCCUCCUUCCCACCCUGGCUGCUUCACCUGCUUCCCCACCGGAGCCUCUGCUCUUGCUUGUUUCUCUCUGGAACAAGUAAAGCAACUAUGACAGUUGAGCUAACACUUGUUAUUGUAACACAACUUGUUUGCCAAUCGAUCCAUGCUUCCUGCACAGCUCUGUAGGGGCUCACCUGAGCUCUCCCGGGGGGAGGGGCAGUCUUCUGGCUUCAAGAGGUGAAGUCAUUUGUCCAGAGCUGGAAGGUGCAGAGCUGAGCUCAGGUUCUGUUUGUUGCCCUUUCCAGAGUGUUAUACAAAUGAUGCUACAAUCCGUCCGCGUUUGAGAAUGGUUUAUUUAUUUCACUUAGCACAGUGCAUUUAAGAUUUAUACAUAUUAUUAUAUAUAUAGAUACUCUAUUCUUUAUGUUGCUAUGUAACAUUCGAUUGCAUGGACCUAUGAGUCAUAUUUUCAUUCAUCAUUGAAGGAUAUUUGGUUGGUUCAGGCCUUUGAAAAGUUAUAAGUAGCUAGGAGAUGGCUCACUUGGUAAAGUACUCAAAGACCCAGGUUCAAUCCCCAGUACUAUAUAAAAAACCUGAGGGGCAGUGGUUCGUACCCUCAAUCCCAGUGCCGGGGAGGCAGGGACAGGCAGCUCUUUGGAGUUCUCUGGUCAGUCGGCUUCCUCUAGUCACAGAGCCUCAUGUUCCAGCUGGAGAUCCCGCCUCAAAAAACAAGAAUAAUGGAGAAAGGUAUCUGAUGUUGACUUUUGACUUCUAUAUGCACACACGUACACAUGCAUACACACAUAUGUACACAUACAUACACAAUGCACAUGUGCGCACAUACACACACGUACACAUACACAUGUGCGCACAUAUACACAUGUACACAUGCAUACACACAUAUGUACACAUACAUACACACAUGCACACACACAUGCACAUAUAUACACAUCUAUUCAUACACACAUGCACACAUACACAUAUAUUUAUACACACAUACAUUCAUACAAACAUGCACAAAUACACACACACACAUGAACACAUAUACACAUACACUUGCAUACAUACAUUCAUACAAACAUGCACACAUGAACACUUACACAAUGCACACAUGCACACACAUACACACAUGCACAAAUGCACACAUACACAUACAUUCAUACAUAAAUGCACACAUACACACAUGCUCACAUGUACAUAUACACUCACGCACACAUACACUUAUAUACACAUGCACACAUACAUUCAAACAUACACACACAUGCACACAUACACACAUGCGUGCAUACACACGUGCAUUCAUAAACACAGAGAAAAAUGUGUUUUCACAAACGCUUAGUUACCUGGUACAGCUCCUAGACGCUCUGUUCCCACAGACAGCAGGCACUAUUCGGGUACCAGCUCCAAGAGGGUGGAGAUCCCUCCAGCCGGCUCACUGCCUCACCCCAGAAACCUGGUACAGCUCCGGGUGCCUAGUGACUGCUCAGGAGAAAGGUCGGGGACAAGGAAGGGAGCUUUCAGAUGCAAGUCACCUUGUCAGAUGUAAAGGGCGACACCUGGGAUUCACUGCUGUUAUGUGAAAUUUCCUGGGGAGACUCGAACAAACGCUUAGUUACCCCAGAAAAAGCAUCAAUGACAGACCACAGAAAUGACCCCACCCAAGUGUUAUUUAGUGAGCUAAUGAGUGUGUGGCGUCACACACAGGACUGGGGGUAUCCUGGUUUCAUUUCUGUUCACCAUAUGAGCCUUCUCUACCUGUUUGGGAAGGGUGGCCUGGUGAGAUGUUCACCACAGUGAGCAGUGCCCACAGGCUGGGAGCUUCAGGCAUGCCCACUUAGGUGCUCUGUCUGUAAUUCUGAUUUUUUAAAUGUAUUUUUAAUGAUGGUUCUUAUAUGGUUUAACGUCCUUGUAGCCCACCAGAGGUAGUGGAAAAGAAUGGAUACGGGGAGAGGGAGACGGGGGGGGGGUAGAUCUGUUUAGAAAGGUUCUUUGGAGUAACUCCCAUCUGUGUUGCCUGGAAAUUGGCAGUUCAGUUCACAGGUUAGCAGGCAGUUUGAUCCACUCGCAAAACACUUCAUGGAUACACCAGCAGUAGUCCAGUUUGGUAGAGUCGCGAUAGCAAACACGAAUCAGCAGACAUGGCACCUAGCAAAGACAGGCAGGCCUCGGCCUUGGCACGAGUCAGCAGGAAGGACAGGAGGGGACACCAGAAGUUCUCAGCUGUGCCUCUCUCAGGGAAAUGAAGAUCAGUGAAGAUUCAAGACCCACAAGUGUUGCACAGCUACUUCUAUAAACAAGCCCAGCUCAGCUCCCAUCACUGUCUGUCGAGUCCUAUUUAUACCCUCCAAACAUCACAUGUCCUCCAUGGGUCUUGCCUCAGCACGUGCGUCUGUCUCAGCUGCCAUCACUCUGCCAAUCACCCCAAGUCCACGGAAGUGGCAAGAAACUGCAGAGACACCACUAGAAGAUUUUUGGUGUGUUUCUCUCUAUGGAGAGAAACAAAUGGAGCUCAAACCACGCAAUGUCAGGCGGACCAAUACAUCGUGUUGUUAGCAAAGAGUCCUUCAUCACGUGUCCUUUCACGUGCUUGCUUUAGCAGAGCAUCCUCUUUCCUGUGUCUGCUUCAGCCAAACGUUCCCUCACGCGUCUGCCUUAGUCUUUCACCUGUGUCCGCUUCAGGAAAACACUCCUUCACAUGUUUGCUCCAGCAAAACGCCAUCCAACACGACUGACUUUCCAAAGAACCCUUAAGUUUCCACUUCAUCAAUCCUAGGUUUAAGAUGAGGAACCUGGAGGGGGUGCCCUGGAAGUGGCUGUGUCAAGACCCACUGUGUACACCUCAGACACAUACUGAGUAACCAGCACACCAAAGGCUACAGAAGGGGAGAACGUGGAUGGGCAUCCCUGGCCUGGACGGCUCUCUUGUUAGGACAGCCGGCUGACAAUCGGAGGGGUGGGCUGGUCUGGAAUUGUUCUAUACUGAGAAAUUUGUAUUUGCUCUCCCUUAAAGACAUGGCCUUGGGAGGGAAGCAGGUGUGGAGAGUUGGGGAAGGCUUCCUGGGGGAGGCAGCCUUUCAGUGGGACUCCCCAGAAUCUUGAUAAGCACAAAGGUUAGGUGAAUUGAGGUGAGGGCAUCAGGGCCAGACUAGGUGUGUAGAGUUGAUGAGGUCUUACUGUGGUGAGGCCCUCGGCUUCACAGGUAGCAUGGCACUGAGGGAAUCUUCCUUUCCCUGCUGACCCUGGAGGCCAGAACCUGUUUCUUUGUUUCUUCAGGCCCGCCAGCAGCCCCAUCUUCUGAAAGGGAAGAAGAAAUGGUUUUUGUGGGCCCUCAGUGGCUUCCUCUUCCUGCUCUCAGCGACCAUGACUGGCUGCUUCCUGUGGCAGCUCUACCUCCCCAAGCUGCAGACUGGUUCCUUGAAGCCAGAGGUGCCUCCAGCCCCGGUGAAGAUGUGUCCCCGGCACCCUGAGCUUGUGCCUCUUGCUCACCCCCUGCCGGUGCUGAAGGAGGCCUUGGAGAAGGUGGAUGGGAUUCUGCGCAAGGCGAUGUUGGCCCCAGGCCUGGCUGCCAUGUCUGCCCUCGUCAUCCAUAAUGACACUGUGCUCUGGACUGGGAACUUCGGGAGGAAGAAUGGCUCAGAUCCAAAUUCUGGAACCCCUAAUGAGUAUACCAUGUACCGGAUUGCCAGCAUCUCCAAGAUCUUCCCUGUGCUGAUGCUGUAUCGCCUGUGGGAGGAGGGCAUCGUGGACUCCCUGGACGACCCUCUGGAGCGCUAUGCCAGCACAUUCUCCAUCAACAACCCUCUGGGCACAGCCCAAGGCCCUGGAGCACAGGGCCCAACGGGGGAAUCUGAAGAGAUGGGCUCCCUCCCAAGGCCGUCCCCUGUCACUCUCCGGAGGAUGGCCAGUCAGUUGUCAGGACUUCCCCGAAGACUCCGGGGCACUUCACUGCUGUGGAGGGGCAGCACCCAGGAGGCUCUGAGCCUGCUCAAGGAUGAUGUCCUGGUGGCUGACCCAGGAACCAGAUGCCACUACAGCACGCUGGCCUUCUCUCUCCUAGCCCAUGUGCUGGCUGCGCACAGGGCACAGGGCGACUAUGAGCGCUGGGUGUCUGAGCAGGUGCUGGAACCGCUGGGGAUGAGUGACACCGGCUUUGCACUGACAGGAACAGUGCGUGCACGUCUGGCUGCUGGCUUCUAUGGCAGCGGCAGGUCCGCCCCGCUCUACGAUCUGGGCUGGUACCGGCCAUCGGGCCAGAUGUACUCGACAGCUGCAGACCUGGCCAGGCUUGCGGCUGCGCUCCUGGGUGCAGGUCCCCGACGGCUGCUACGGCCCGACAGCCUGGCCACAUUGCUAGCACCACUACGCGCCUGCGCCCACGGCUACUUUGCUAGUGAAACCGGUACACCCUGGGAGUUCCACGAGAGGCGUGGAUACCGCGUGGCGCGCAAGGAUGGCGACUUGGACGGCUAUGCCGCCAGCCUGGCGCUCGUGCCACCGCUGCGCUUGGGAUUUGUGCUGUUGCUAGCCGGGCCUCGCCCUCCCACGCGCGACCUGGUGGCUGACGCCCUGGAUACGCUGCUGCCAGCCCUGGAGCGCGCAUUGCGAGAGGCUGAGCUUGCCCCCGCGCCCCCGCCCCGCGCGCGCCCGUUCGCUGGCUUUUUCACCUUCGCCAACCGCACCUUCUACGAGGUGCGCGCCGCCGGGCCGCGUGGCGAGCUGCGCUUGCGCCAGUUUGGGCCGCGCGUGGAGGCGCUCGUGCCCGCCGCCUUCCGAUCGCUCGCCCUGCGCCACGUGCGCGGCCGCGUCUUCCAGUUGCACGUGGCGCGCGAGUUCCCGUGCGCGCUGCCGCUCGCCGACGCCUGGUUGUCUCUGGAGUCCCAGCACGGCCAGCUGGUGCGGUUCUACCCACUGGAUCGCCACGGGUUGGCGCCGGGCUUCGACGUACCGGGCCUCAACACCUACGGAGUGCUGCGCUUGCCACGCAGGCCAGUGUUCAGCUCCCAGUGAGCUGGGCAUCCCUACGUGCAUGCGCCCACACAUGCCUUUGCAUUGCCCAUGCUUGCAACCCCUAUGCGGGCCUCCAGCCUUCCCAUGCCCACCUGCAGCUUUCCUUUUAUCUGCAGCCUCCCUGUCUCCUCAACCCCCCCCCCCCCAACCUCCCCCUAACCCCAUAGCUUCUCAUGCUUGCAGCCUCUCUUUCCCCACACUGCCUGACAACCUCUUGCUCACCCCCAUCCCCGUGGCAACCUCCUCUGCCUUUGGCCUCACCCCACUUGAGCCUCUUCAUACCCGCAACCUCCCUUGUAUGGGGAUCUAUCCCACUCCAGCGGUCCCCUUCCUCCAGCUUCCUACCGGGGCUUGGCAGGGAGACCAACCAGAGGACACAGUAGUUGGCAAAGUGGAGUCUUCUUGGACCACAGCUGGUUUCAAACUCCCCUUACUCACCUGAGAGGAAGAGUUAGUUAUACAGGAAUUUCAGUAAGCAUUUAAACAUUUAGGUGUUGUCCAGACCCGAUAAUACAGACCAGUGCUUGUGUCUGUUGAAAAAAAGGACAAAAGGCCAGGAUCGGUGUCUCUUAAAAACUACUCUUAUCGGGCUGGGGUGGGGUGUUGCUCAGAAAAUAGAGAGCUUGUGCAGGACCCUAUAAACACAGUGAGGUGGUUCCCACCUGCGACUCCACGAUUGGAGAGGAGGAGGUGGGUGAAUCAGAAGUUUCAGGUCACAGGAGACACUUUUAAAAAGAACAACAGUUUUUGUUUCUAAUUGAGUUAUAAUGUGCCUAAAACUAAAGGCACCAUCAGGUUUGUUUAGGCAUUUAUUUAGUAGGCCCGCAUAUAGAACCCAGGGCACCAAGUGCUAGGGUAAGUGCUUAACUAAGGGAGCUACAGCCCCAGCUUGAGCUGGCCGAUUUUACACCCAUCCGGGCUAUCAAGAUACAGAAGAGUCCCGCCAUUCCUAAUCCACCCGCCUAUUCUUCCUUUGUGGUCACUCCCCUCCCUCUGCUCCUCCCCCCAGCUCCAGGCAACCACAGAUCAGCCUCCUGUCAGUUUAGAUUCUUUUCACCCGCUCCAGAGUUGGUGCGAAUGGGAGCACACAGAGGUUUUAGGUACAUCUCCUUGGGCUCAGCGUGCUGGUUUUGAGGUCCGAGUCUUUGUGUGUGUCCAUAGUUCAUCAUUGCUUUUUAUUCCACGGUAUGGCCAUGACAGUUUGUCUUUUCACCCGCUGAUGGACAUUUGGGUUGUUUCCAGAGGGGAAGAGGGGACUGUUUGGAAAAGAGGCCUGCGUGCAAGAUUCCUGUGUCCGCAGGCUUUCUGUGUCCGCAGGCUUUCUGUGUCCGCAGGCUUUCUGUGUCCGCAGGCUUUCUGUGUCCGCAGGCUUUCUGUGUCCGCAGGCUUUCUGUGUCCGCAGGCUUUCUGUGUCCGCAGGCUUCCAUUGCUUUGGGGCAAGUUUCUAGAUGUGACCGCCCGGCAGUUUUCCAAAAGCCUGUGCCUCAUUCCUUCCCCACACGGAAAUAGGUGGCAAUUCUGUUGCCUAUACACACACACACACACACACACACACACACACACACACACACACACACACACACACACAUAUAUAUGGAGACACUUGGCUCUGUCGGUCUUUUUAAUUUUAGCCAUGGUAGUUCUGAAAUCAUAUCGCACUAUGGUUUUAACUGUAUUCUAUUUAUUGAAUUGUAAAAGAUAUAUAUGUAUGUAUAAGAUAUAUAUGCACACACCAUUUCUCUGGA